ACACGAAGCCGAAUCAUGGUAAAGAGACGAUUUGGUCAAAAGAAGUGUGCCUCCGAUCCCUCCCUCCCAUUUGCACGUGUUCGUGGAGGUUACUUUGUCAAACUUUGGAAACAGUUAUUUAAAAAAAUUUUAUUAAGAAGUCUACCUUUUAAAAUGUCUAUGUACGAUAAUAUUCGCGCUCUGCAAUACGUCGACUUCUUAAAUCUCCAAAACAACGAUGCCGACACAGAUGCCUCAGCAUUUUUUAAUAGUGCCCUGGAAAUGGAUAGUUCCCUCAAGCUCAGGAGCAGUGAAAAAUCCCAGCUGUCAUCUUUUAGUGAUAGCGAAAGAACAUUAACACCUACUGCAUUCAAUCACACUUUCGAAGGUGUAAAUAGUUCUACUCUCACUCCAAAAAUUGCCAUUGAAAAUAAUACUUCUUCUCAAAAAAGAACUUCCAAAAUUAAUAAUUGUGAAUCUCCAAGAAGUGCCUUAACUCCAACUCGUUCAGCACUGAACAAGUCUAAGGGUCGAGCAGGUGAAAAGUUAGACCUAGGUACUAAAAAGGUCAAUUGGGAACUUGGGCAGGAUAAUAAGAAAGAAACCAAGUCAAUUGCAGAUAGCCAAUCAGGGGAGAUCCGUGAGGAACAAUUUGCUUUCAAUGUCAUACCACCUACACCAACUGCUUUGGGUCCUGCCCUUGACACAUCGACUCCACUAGUGCAGAAUGGAACUGUUCCAAAAAGAGAUGAAAGUGGUAAAUCAGCUUCCAGUAAACAGAAGCGACGUUCCAGAAGUGCGGGCCCUGCUCCUGCAUCUUCUCCCAAAACUGAGGAAGAAAUGUUACUGCAAGCUUUGGACAUGCUAAAAUUGAAUAGUGGACGCAAAUCCAUUUCAGCAAAUUUGAAUCAAUCAAUCUCGCCUCAAGUUUUUUCAAAUGACCAUGGAACUUCAAGCAAAACUCUCCGUGAAAAUCAAAGAAUACAGGAUGAAACAAGGUGCAAACGUAAACUAUCGCCAGGUUCCAAACAUAUACGAGAUUCCACCCAGCAGCCUGAAAAAUUUAUAAGCAUGGCAGAGGAAAUUGCUCGCAUUCAAAAGAAUACGCCUACUAGAUUUCGAACGGUUCCAAAAUCUGCAUCCCUGAAGGGUUCAAUUCAGUCUAAACUGGUCAAGAAUAUCCGCUUACAACCAAAAAGACCUGUUCCCCAGAAUAGCCGUGUGCCAAGUGAAGCAAACAGUCCAGAUCUGCAGGGACCCAGAAAAAAGGCAGUACAAAAAGGUGUCAGAGUUGCUCGAUGGGAAGCUCCAAAAGUAGAACCAUACAAGUUCACAGAGCAGAGUAAAGAACUACCCAAGAAAAUGUUUAAUUUUGACAAGAAGGAACAUUUGUUACUAAGAGACCGCAGAACACCACUAAAGAGGAUAAUUCCAACUACAAAAGUUGAACCAUUCAGCUUUGAUAAACGGGAUCAGGAAAUAAUUAAACGAAAGGUGGAGCGUUUGAAAGGGGUUGCUGCUGCACCAAAUAUUCAAUGUACUAAACCUGCAACCAGGCAGCGCAGCAAGUCCCAUAAUGGUGUAAUUUCUGCAGGAGCAGGGGAGCAGGUUCGUCAUGCGCGUGUACCAGUUGUGCUAUACAAGGCUCCGUUCCAACCUCAUUUACCCCCACACAAGCCAACUAGACCUCUGCCAGUUAUGCUGAGUACUGAAAGACGUGCCAAAGAGAGAGAAGAGUUUGAGGAGCAUUUACGCAAGAAGGAAGAACAGCGUUCUGCUGCACUUCACCAGCUACAAGAAAGAAGAAGGCUUGAGGAGGAGAGAGAAAUCCAACAGCUACGUAAAGAUUUGGUUCACAAAGCCCAUCCAAUGCCAGCAUACCAUAAAUUUAAAGUGAAGCCAUCAAAUGCUCCUCUAACCAGUCCACAUUCUCCAGCGUUUAGUCAUCGCAUUGUGCAUGUGACCAGAGAUGGUUCUAAUGAUGAACCCAUGGAUUGCUGAUUCAUGUCAGUGUCAGUGAUUAUUUUUUUAUGCUAGUCUAGCUAAUUUAUUCCAAGUUUUGUCUUUUAUAAUUUUCUUAAGAUUUAAAGAAUAUUUUUACUACGUUUCAAUAAAAAGGACUAUCUGUACA